AUGUACUUCUACGCUGGUGCUCCCGACUGGGUCUUCUCCGCCUUUGCCUUCAUUGGCUUCGUGCUGAGUUUCAUUCCACUUCCAUGGCAUUUGCAAGCCUGGAAUGUCGGUACUUGCCUCUACAUGAUCUGGACGGGCCUUGCUUGCCUGACUCUCUUCGUCAACUCCAUCAUCUGGCAUAAUAAUAUGCUUGACUGGGCCCCCGUCUGGUGCGACAUCUCAACGCACUUCAUGAACGGUUUCAAUCUCGCGAUCCCCGCUACGUCACUCUGCAUCAACCGUCGUCUAUACCAGAUCGCCAGUGUGAAAACUGUGACCAAGACGAAGCAGGAGCAGCGCCGGGCUAUCAUCGUUGACUUCUUGAUUGGACUGGGAUUGCCUCUCUUGCAGAUUCCUCUCCAAUAUAUCGUUCAAGGUCACCGCUACAACAUUUUUGAGGACAUUGGCUGCCUUGGCGAGACCUUCGAAACGCCAGUCGCCGUAGUCCUCUUUCACCUUCCGCCCAUCCUCGUUGGCUGCGUCUCAGCAGUCUACUGCGUUCUUUCCAUUCGUGCAUUCUACGCCUCCCGCGCCCAGUUCAAGGAACUGCUUUCCUCAUCCAACACCAACCUCAAUCUCAACCGCUAUGUUCGCCUCAUGGCGCUUGCCUCGAUCGACCUCCUUUUCACCAUCCCCCUCGGUAUCUGGGUCCUCUAUACCAACGUUUCCGUUGUCGGUCUCAGCCCAUGGAUUUCGUGGGAUGACACACACUCCAAUUUCUCCCGCGUCUCCCAAAUCGCCGCUUAUUUCUGGCGCCGAGACCCACUCAUGGUGGCGAGUCUCGAGACACUUCGCUGGGCAACCGUGUUCUGUGCCUUUAUCUUCUUUGCAUUCUUUGGAUUUGCGGAUGAGGCCAUUAAGAACUACAAAAUCGCUAUCAACAGCGUCGCGAGGAGAGUUGGACUGUCGACUGCGGGGAGUUCGACAUUGGGCGGCAGCGGUGGAAUGCUGUCCUCGAAGGGAUCCAACGGCAAUGGGGCUGGCCUUCCGGUGUUUGUUCGGAGAAUGCCUCAGAAACGCGAAUCAGUAGACUCCUUUGCGUCGUCCUCUGGACUGGAGUCUCUGCCUUACGACAACGAAAAGUCGAUGGGCACAUUUUCUGGCGCCAAGUCAUUUGGCACGCUUUCCCUACAAGACGUUGGUGGGCUUUUACCUGCCCCAGACUACGCGUCUGAAAUUGGCAUGUCUCCUGUCGAAUCUUCCUCUUCCAGGAGUAGAACCGAUUCACUGGCGGGUGACUCAGACGCGGAGGAAAUUGAUGUGUCGUCUUUGCGAUGUACAUCAAUUGCCAUGCCUGAGCCUGCAGUUGUGCACCCAAAGCGGGACGCUGGUGACAUCGUAUAG